AUGACCACCUCUCACGGGCCAGCAGCUUUGCACAAUCCUUACUUUGAGCAGAACCCAAACCGUAAAGACGUUUGGUCCUUGAUUAAUGAAACAGCGGCCGCUGCCCAGGAACAGCUGGGGAAGUCGGUGGUGAACUUGGGCCAGGGGUUUUUUUCCUAUAACCCACCUGAUUUUGCCAUUGAAGCUGUCCACCACGCUUUGACGAAGCCGCAGUUCAACCAAUACGCUCCCGCCAAAGGUAACCCUAACCUUGUGAAGCAGUUGAGUGAGGUGUACACGAAACAGUUUGGUAGACCAGUGGAUCCAAGCCAACUCUUGGUAACCACGGGCGCCAACGAGGGCAUUUUUGCAGUAUUCUUUGGAUUUUUGACGUCUGGAGAUGAGGUCAUUGUGUUUGAGCCGUUCUUUGAUCAAUACAUUCCAAAUGUGGAGAUGACUGGGGCCAAGGUGAAAUAUGUCAAGUUGAAGUGCCCGGAGCACUUUGCCGAUCGUAACACCACAGGUGACGAGUGGGAGGUUGACUGGGAGGCUCUCGAGGCGGCUAUUUCUCCAAAGACCAAGAUCAUCCUCAUCAACACCCCACAUAACCCAAUUGGAAAGAUCUUCAACGAAAAGGAGCUCCACAGGAUUGGCCAGUUGGCUAUCAAGCAUAACAUUAUUCUUCUCUCUGAUGAGGUGUACGAGAAUUUAUACUAUACACCAACAUUCCACAGGCCAGCGACCCUUGCUUCGUUGCCUGAAUUGGCCGAGAGAACAUUGACAGUGGGCUCAGCAGGAAAGUCGUUUGCUGCCACAGGUUGGAGAGUCGGCUGGGUCCAGGGCCCUGCUGAGUUGAUAAAGUACGUCACCUCAGCUCAUACUCGUAUUUGUUUCUCUGUUCCUGCCCCUUUACAACAGGCAGUGUCGGAGGCUUUUCUGGCUGGGGAAAAGAACAACUACUUUGAAAAAACCCGUCAGGAUUACGCAAGAAAGUAUGAGAUAUUUGAGAAGGUAUUUCAAGAUUUAGGGUUGCCAUACACUGCCGCUGAGGGCGGAUAUUUCCUCUUGGUUAACUUUGCCAAACUCAAGAUUCCAGAAGACUACGAGUAUCCCGAGGAGAUUCUUGCAAGAGGUACCAAAGACUACAAGUUGGUAUACUGGCUCAUCAAGGAGAUCGGCGUAGUGGGCAUUCCACCCACUGAGUUUAUCGUUGCUGAGCACAGGGUCAACAAUCCCUUGGAGAACUCUGUGCGUUUUGCCGUGUGCAAAGACGACUCCUUGCUUGAAGAGGCCGUCAAGCGUUUGAGAAAAGUAAGGGACUUCUUGUGA